UAUGUCAUUGUGAAUUCAUUGAACGAUCCCAUUGACAUUUCGAAGUUGUAUACGUGUGGAUUUCUCUGAUCUCGUUUUUUGACGUGGUUGCUCAAAUCCUACCCAACUGCAAGUGUCUGGCACUUUGUAUUGAAUGAACACUGCAUUGGUCUGUGAGAAGAUAACAGAACAAAUUGGUUUAAUAUACUGGCGUGCUUCCCUGCCUACUUCACGUAGGUUUGCCAAAAUGCGUUCACAAACAAGAUGCUCGUUCCAACAAAAACAGUUGGCAGCUUUUUCGCUGAUGCUGUUUUCGCUCAUGUUAUUUGGAGUUACGACUGCUCAACGUGUGGCACCAGGGGUUCCUCCGCAACACUACCAACAAGUUCCAGUGCAGCAUAAUUCUCAACCCCAAUACCAACAGCAGCAAGUUCACCAUGCGCCCAAUGUUCCGCCUCAAACCUAUCAACCACAACAACAGCAAGUGCAAUAUCAGCAGGUACCUGUACAACAGCAGCAGCAACCACAGUAUCAACAACAAGGACAACAACCAAUCCAACAGCAACAGCAACCACAAUUUCAACAGCAGCCUCCACAACCAUCACUGCAGCAAAACCAACCGCAUGCGCCUCAUCAGGCACACCAUGGGCAGCAGCAAGUUUUAAAUGCAGCCAAUAUGGAACAUGAAAGAGCCCAUAUUCAGGAGCAUAUGCAGAUUCCAAUCGAUACGAACAAAAUGUCGGAAGCUGAGCUCCAAUUUCACUACUUUAAAAUGCAUGAUUCUGAUAACAACAAUAAGUUAGAUGGCUGCGAGUUAAUAAAAUCACUUAUCCACUGGCAUGAGCAAGGAAGUAAGGAGCAACAACAUAAUGAGCAGGCGCCACAUGUAGAAGAGAAAAUCUUCUCAGAUGAAGAGUUAGUGGCAUUAAUUGAUCCCAUUCUACAAAUGGAUGAUACUUCACGCGAUGGUUACAUCGAUUAUCCUGAAUUUAUAAAGGCGCAACAAAAGGCUGUGGCGGCAUCUCAACAAAAACAACAACAACAGCAACCUCAAAGUGGACAGUAGUGUGUUACUAAAAACUCUUAAACCUUUGCUUAUGGGAUUUCCGGCAUCACUUAAAUCAGUGUGAUUGGCCGCAAAAAUGUGAUUUAAAUUAAUGUCAAUUGUUUUUAGUUUGUUAAAACAAUGGAUACUUUUUGGAAGAGCAUCUUCACUAAUAGGAUGCACACAAAUUUUUUUCCAACAGUGUUUCGUUUUGAUUUUAAUCAUUCCAAGUUAUAUUGAUUUGAUUUAGCUUUACAUACGAACAAAUAUUAUGUUAAUUUCGCAGCUUUUUCAACUCGAAUAUGGCUUCUCUACUAGCCCUUGAAAGCUUCUAUACAUACAUACAUAUGUCUCAUUUAAUUUGCUUUAUAUCUAUUUCAGAACUUUGCUCAUAAAAACGACAUGUAAUGUUAAUUAAUUUAAAUUUUCUACAACACUUCGAAGAAAAUAAAGAUUAAACGAGAUCUGAGUAAUGACGUAAAAU